AUGGGACUCACAGGGCAGGAUUUCUGGCACACCGUCCUGAGAGAAGUCACGGAGUGUGGCGGCCAGGUGGCAGAAAGACAGUGCCAAGCAGUGACGCCCAGCCAGGGGGGGAUUAGCCCAGAGUGGAGCCUUGCAGGAAGGUUCCCUUGGGGCCCGUUCCUCACUGAGCAUCAAGAUGCUCCCCCGGGGCCGCAGGCUCCCACAGGCCACAGUCACAAAAAGGGCCUCGCAUGUGUUUCAGUCCUCGAUCAGGGGCCCCCCUGCCAAGGAGAGGGUGUGUGUGCGGAAGCCUAUGGCUCUUUCCCAGACCUUAGUCACCCACGAGGAGUCUACACUGUGGAGGGCGCGCUGGCGCGUGGCAGAUGGGAGGAUGCCUUGGGCAAGAACUCGAGCUUCGUGAGCUGUUGGCAGAUUCCCAGCAGGCGGAAGCUCUACGCGUGCGAGGAGUGCGGGAAGGCCUUUGGGCAGAGCUCAAACCUUGUUCAGCACCAGAGAACCCACACAGGCGAGAAGCUGUACGCGUGCUGGGAGUGCAAACGCGCCUUCAGCAAGAGCUCGUCCCUCGUCAAGCACCGGCGCGUCCACACGGGCAAGAAGCCCUACGUGUGCAGCCACUGCGGCAGGCGCUUCCAGGAGAACUCGUCGCUGGCCAAGCACCGGCGGGUGCACACAGGCGAGAAGCCCUACGCCUGUGGCAAGUGCGGUUGCACCUUCAGCCAGAGCACCCACCUCAUGCAUCACUGGCGAGUCCACACCGGGGAGAAGCCGUUUGCCUGCUGUGAGUGCGGCUGAGCCUUCACUGACUCUUCGGCCCUCCUGAUCCACCACAGAAGCCACACUGGCGAGAGGCCCUACAAGUGCCGUGUGUGCUGAAGGGUGUUCACCCUCAGCUCGUCGCUGGCCGAGCACAUGCGCUGCCACACGGGAGAGAAGCUGUACGUGUGCCGAGAGUGCGAGAAGGCCUUCAGCUGGAGCUCGUCCCUCCUCAAGCACCUGAGGACACACACAGGUGAGAAGCCACAUGUGUGCAGCGAGUGUGGGUGUGCCUUCAGCCAGAGCUCCUCCCUGGCCAAGCACUGGCAGGUGCACACAGGCGAGCAGUCCUACGUGUGCAGAGAGUGCGGGAGGGCCUUCCGCCAGAACUCCUGCCUGACCCAGCACCUCAGGAUCCACAGCGGCGAGAAGCCGUUCACAUGUGGGGAGUGCAGGAAGCCCUUCAGUGACUCCUCGGCCGUGGUCCUGCACCAGCGGGUGCACAAGGGCGAGCAGGCCUACGUGUGCGGAAAAUGCAGGAAGGCCUUCAGCCAGAGCAAGGUCCUCACGCAGCACGAGCAGAUCCACACGGGGGAGAAGCCCUUCAUGUGCGGCGACUGCGGCAGGGCCUUCACGCAGAGCGCCUCCCUCACCCUGCACCUGAGGACAUACACCCGGGAGAAUCCCUACAAGUGCAACGAGUGUGGCAAGGCCUACAUCCAGAUGUCGCACCUCACCGAGCAUUACCGGGUGCACACCGGGGAGCGGCCCUACAUGUGCAACGUGUGCCGCAAAGCCUUCAGACUUGGCACACAUCUCCUGCAGCACCAGCGCGCCCACGCGGGUGCCACGCCGUUCACCUGUAGCACGUGUCGGAAAACCUUCCCGGAGGCUGCGGCCCUCAUUCUGCACCAGAGGAUUCAUGCUGGUGAGAAGCCCUUUGAGUGCCACAAAUGCGGCAGGGCCUUCAGCCAGAGCAGGUCCCUGGCCCAGCAUCAGAACAUUCAUUCCAGGGGGAAGCCGUGAGACCAUGGCAAGUAUCAGAAAUCCCUCAGCCACUGUUUGGUUCUCUUACAUCGAUGACCUGGGGACGUGCCCAAUGUGGCCAAGACCCAUCUGCCCUGGCUGUCCUCCAUCCUGCGGAUGGGCGAGUGUCAGGAACUCAGGGCCAGUGCAGAGCAGGCCACAUUGCACAUGUCACACUUCUCCUUGCAGUGUCACCUGGUCAGGUGACAAAGCUGGCAGUGGGCCUCAGAUCCAUCUUCUCUUCUCCGUAACCUUCAAGGGGAGCAACGGCCACCCCCAAUUCUUCACCUACAGGUUCCCCCUGGAUGUCCACCAGGUGGUAGGAGAGAGCCACAGUGUGAACGAUCAUCCUCUCAGCAGGCCUGGAACAGCUCAUUUCAAAGUUUUUGCCAAAGGAAAACUGUAAUUUAAA